UGAUUUUCUUGCUCGGUCGCUUGCCAGUAGUAGUCCUCUUGUGAUUUCUUUUACUUGUGGUCCAGUAGCGCAGCGAUCUCACUAAGCUAGAGGACAAUACAGUUGAUGUCGUUUCUAAGUAUAUGUUUUUUCCGCCGUAAGAAAACGAAAAGGCAAUCGAAGGUAUCGGACGUGUUUUAGUGGGCCGCGCGUUCUUGUUAAGGAUUGGCAUCAGCGGAAAAUAAAUCUGUGCCAAAUAGCGAGGUAGAGGUUGUUUUUACAGUUGUCAAGGAAUAUCAUGACGGGCAGCAAUCCAUUUUUGACAAGUAUCGACGAAAACCUUUUUGCUGCGCUUCCCGAAGAAGAAGAAGAUCCCGCUGAAUUUGCCGAACAAGAUUAUCAAGAAUAUGCCGGCGAUGGUGCGAACGACCACGAUGGCGAUGCCAAUGAUCAAAUUGCGACCGAGGUGCAAGACGCCAAAAAUGAAGUUGCGGACGAGCGUGACGCCAGUGAGCGAUUUCGAACCGAACAGCGCGAUGAUGCUAAAAACGAGGCGGCCGAGGAGAACAAAGAUGCCAAUCAUCAAACUGCACAAGAAGAACAAAAAGCCAAUACUAAAGUUGCAGAAGAGCAAGAACGGUUUGGCAAUCAUGAAAUUGGUGAAGAGCAGAAUAAUGCCACGAAUAGAGUUGCGGAACAAGGCCAAGAUGCCGGUGAAGUAGAAGUUGCGGUGGCAGAGAAAGAGAUAAAAGAUGAUCUACUUCAACACGAAAUUCUUGCUGGCCACCGGGAACGGCCCGAAGAUCCGCAUCCGUGGAGAGUUGCGGAGACUUCUACGCCAGGGCAGGAGGGGCUUGCUGAUGAUGAACACGAAAAGGACUAUGCUCCAGUUGUACUUCGUAAUGAGGACGAAGUGCAGAAAGGUGCAUAUCAUGAGCAUCCAGCCGAGGCGCUCAUUCUAGUACAGCAAUUUAGUCCUGGCGAUGGGAAGAUCGCGAGUGAGGGCUUGGAGACUGGACUAGUUGAAGCGGAAGGGGAAGGAGCUGCUGCCACACUACUAGGUCAGGACGAGAGCUGCAACCUUGUUCCACCAGCAGGAGAGCUGCAGCCGACGGACAUCGAUAGCACCCUUGCGGAGCAGGAGUGCCUGGGUGAUACGAGAAAGCAAGAAGUCCCAGAUGAAGCCAGCAGCUCGGGAGCGGCACUCCCAUCAUCUGUGGGUGGUGCCGCAGAACAGGUUGCUGCUGUGCAAAAGCGAAGCCACGAUGGAGGCAAGCAGGAGGAAGGGGCGAGCAGUGCGCAGCGUGAAAACAAACGGAGAAAAAGAGAAUCAACCUCUUCAGAGGAAAUAGCACGACCUGGUAAUGAUCAUGGUAAAAAGAGAGAGUCGACCUCUUCAGAGGAAAUAGCAAGGCCUGGUAAAAAAAGAGAAUCGACCCCUUCAGAGGAAAUAGCAAGACCUGGUAAGAAGCGAUUGCGCAGCGCCGAAGAGAACCCCAGGCAAGAGCAGCUUGCUGCUGUGCAAAAGGGAAGCAACGAUGGAGGCAAGCAGGACGAAGUGGUGAAGAUCGGUGCGCAGCGUGAAAACAGACGGAGAGAAUCUGCGACCUCGUCGGAGGAAAUAAUAAGACCUGGCAAGGAGCCGCGAGUGCGCGGGCGCCGAAGACGUGGUCAGAAUCCCAGGCAGCCGACGACCGUCAAGAGCGGCUAUGAGGUUGAUUACGCCCUUGUCCCGGAGCAGGAGAACCGAGUACCUCAAGAACAGAAAGGCAGCUCCGGCGAAGCACCACAGUCGCGUCCUGCAGCAUCCUCCCAUGAGGACCACCGACCCCAACUAUCAGUCUCACGCAAGAGAAGCGCUGAUCGAAAGAGGAGAGGGAGCCAGGACGAGCUGCAAAAUGACCUCACUUCAUCGAAAAACAUUAGUAAGAAGCCCCCGCGCGGGCGUGCCGCGUCACGAAAUAGAAAAAGUGCGUCUUCCAGUAGUAGCUCCUCAAACGCAGUGGCCUCCCCUCCGGCGGGAAAGCUUGCACAACUGGCGCAGCGGAGGAGAUCUCGGAGUGCUGUUCGCGAGAAGAGACUCGAGCGACGGUCAGUUGAAAAGGAUGAAGAUAAAGUGGGGACGAAGGAGUCGAAAAACAGGAAGCUGAAUGACGCGGAUGUGAAGAAGCUAAUCGAAGUGAGCGUCGCUGCGAGCUACAAGGCAUCGGAGGCAGAGGUGAGCCGAACAAAACACCAGCGACCGUUCUUCUAUCGUGAAGAUUCUGUGCCAAAAGACAAUGCUGCGUCUUCAAGCAGAGGAAAUACAAAGAGCUCUAGCUGCACCAGCAGCAGCGCUAGCAAAGUCGACAGCUCAAGGGACCACAACGCGGUGCAGACAGAGUGCGCGAGACUCGAGAAACUGAAAAAGGAACUGCAACAGCGGGAGGCCGACCUUUCGAAGGGGUGGGACGAGUAUUAUCGUGAGUUGGAAGCAUUGGACGAGCGGGCUGCUCUUGCAGCACGACAGAAGACAACUGCAAGUCGGAAUGAUGAUAAGCCGAAGGGUAUUGUUGUCGGGCACCAGUCUGACGAACGGAACAAAAGCGCUCGAAAGAGCCGAGAAAAAAAGAAGGUAAGUCGCAGUCGCAGCAGGAAACCGCAGAAGGAGCGAGGCCGAAGUAUCAAACGCAGCGCUUCGAAGAAGAGAGCUGCAGAGCGCCGAAGAAGUCCUGGCCGGCCGAGAGUUGAAGCCCCACGGUCGUUCAUACUCCUGAGCCGCAGUCGCAGUCGGGGCCGUAAAGAGAGGAGUGCCGCUCGCAGUCCGAGCAAGCAGCGGAACAAGAGUAGAAGUCCAAGCAGGGCAAUAAGCCGGAGUCGACCCGUAGUUCUGAAGAAA